GGCCCGGCUUUGGGGUCGUGGAGCCUCGCCUUGCAGCCUAUCGGCUCUCAUUCCGGGCGCCCUUGGGCUCAAGAAAAGCUGCUGGGAUUUCUAGGCUCCUACUCCUCAGCUCCUUUUCUCUUCUGACGCAAACCUCCCUGGAGUCCUCCACACCCGGGCUCAGGAUUGCGGUCUCCUAACCACAGGGUUGCAGAGAGCUGGUUCCUCGCCUCUGUGUGCCUAGCAGAAAGGCCGGUCCUAUCGUCUUCAUCUGCAAAGGGUUGUGCUGUGUUCUGUCCCAGGGGUAACGUAGUCAGAGAACAGUCUUGUCCCCAAUCCAGUGCCCGCGCUCCGAGGCUGGUGCUGCAGGGACCUGGGCUGCUGGUGCACGUGCAGCCGGCUCUGCGUAGGGGCGUUCCUGCAAGCUGAUCCCUGCUAGGCGCAGGGCUGCGGACGCUGCGCAAGUGGCUCUCGCAUUCCCUGUCUCUGCAGCGGUCGCGUAGGUCGGGGAAACCCGUCCUGGUGCCGGGGAAACCGAGUGGGGGGGGAGGAGCCCGAGCGGGAGGGGUGGGAGGGGGCGCAGCCCCGCCCCCGCCCCGCCCCCCGUGGCCGGAGUCCGGGCUUCAGCCGGCGCGCCGUAGCCUGCCAGCCCGCGAGCCUGCUAGCGGCGGCUUCCCUUCGCGCAGACCAGGCGUCCCAGCCCUCGCGGCCCGCUGACCCUGGGGCUCGCGCCCCACGGGGCAGGGAUGCAUCAUGGCCACGCUGGCUUGUCGCGUGCAAUUCUUGGACGACACCGAUCCUUUUAACAGUACCAACUUCCCAGAGCCCAGCCGGCCACCGCUGUUCACAUUCCGCGAGGACCUGGCUCUGGGCACCCAGCUGGCCGGGGUCCAUCGGCUGCUGCGGGCGCCGCACAAGCUCGACGACUGCACCUUGCAGCUGUCCCACAAUGGUGCCUACCUGGAUCUGGAGGCCACGCUGGCGGAACAGCGCGAUGAGUUGGAAGGCUUCCAGGAUGACACAGGGCGGGGCAAGAAGAACAGCAUUAUUCUGAGGACACAGCUAUCUGUGAGGGUCCACGCCUGCAUUG